CGGCUCUUGGCGCCGCUCCGGGCCGGGGCGGGGUGCUGGGGCCGCAGCCAGCAGCGCCGCCCCCUCCUCCACCCCCACGGCCCCGGGGCGCCCCCGCGGUGCUGGAGCCGGGGCGGGGCGCGUGCGUCAGCCCCGACUAGAAAAGGCGGCGGGGCCGGGCCUCGGGGUGACAGCGCGAUCGACUGACGGACUCAGAGCCGGCCCGACGGACGCCGCCAUGAGUGCUGCGCUCUUCAGCUUGGACGGCCCGAUGCGCUGUGCGCCCUGGGCGGCCGAGCCCGCACCCUUCUACGAGCCAGGCCGCGCGGGGAAGCCGGGCCGCGCCCCCGAGCCGGGGGGCCUGGCCGAGCCGGGGGCCGCCACCCCCGCCAUGUACGACGACGAGAGCGCCAUCGACUUCAGCGCCUACAUCGACUCCAUGGCCGCUGUGCCCACCCUGGAGCUGUGCCACGACGAGCUGUUCGCCGACCUCUUCAACAGCAACCACAAGGCGGGCGCGGCGGGCGCGGCGGGCGCGGGCGCCCUGGAGCUGCUGCCCGGAGGCCUGGCGCGCCCCCCGGGCCCUGGCCCCGCCGCGCCGCGCCCGCUCAAGCGCGAACCCGACUGGGGCGACGGCGAUGCGCCGGGUUCGCUGCUGCCCGCGCAGGUGGCCGCUUGCGCGCAGACCGUGGUGAGCCUGGCGGCCGCCGCGCAACCCACUCCGCCCACGUCGCCUGAGCCGCCGCGCUGCAGCCCCGGUCCCAGCCCCGCGCCCGGCCCGGCCCGUGAUAAGGGCGCCUGCAAGCGGGGCCCCGACCGCGGCAGCCCCGAGUACAGGCAGCGGCGGGAGCGCAACAACAUCGCGGUGCGCAAGAGCCGCGACAAGGCCAAGCGGCGCAACCAGGAGAUGCAGCAGAAGCUGGUGGAGCUGUCGGCCGAGAACGAGAAGCUGCACCAACGCGUGGAGCAGCUCACCCGGGACCUGGCUGGCCUCCGGCAGUUCUUCAAGCAGCUGCCCAGCCCGCCCUUCCUGCCGGCCGCCGGGGCCGCUGACUGCCGGUAACGCGCGGCCCGGGCCGGAGAGACUCACCAACGAGAUACCUCAGAGCCCGGACCCCGGAGCCCAGCGCACCCCGCCGGGGCCGCAGAGACGCGCCGGCCGCUGCCCGGGCCGCGGGAGCGCAGGGAAGCCAUGUGGCCUGGACUCGGCCCCCCUGAACUUGGAGACGAGCUGGACGUGUUUAUACACCCCCUUAAAUUAUUUUUAUAACGGUAGCUUUUUCUACAUCGUACGCCUGUUGGUGCAGCUAAGAGGUACAUUUGUAAGAGGAAAGAAUAAACCCAAAAGAAGGACUUUGCAGAACACCCCUUUGCCUUGUAGAUAAAGAGGAAGAGACAAGAGCAUGCUCAUUUUUUUACGUAUUAAUUUUUACCGUCUUUGUAAGAAUAAAGAAGCAUUUAAAACCG